GCCUGUGCAAGGAGCACGCUGGGAGCGCUUUGGUGUCCCAGCUGCGGGCGAGAUUAGGAACCGGGUAAGCCACCCGCGCGUGCGGCAGCUAGUAAAAGGCUAGCUGAAAGGCCCUCCCAGCUGCGAUCGCAUAGGACCCCCGUGGUGGGACCAGCGUUCUACACCCUAGGUACCGGCAGGACACGUGCUUCGAGGGCCCCGCGGAGUCCUCUGUUGCCCAAACGCAACCCACGGGAUCCUCUCCAGGGUUCUGGAAAGACGCUUACGCUGGGAAGGGGCUUUGCUAAUUGCAGGAAGUGAGCGCGAAGAAGAAGUGGCAGAGAUCAAGAGGAGGAGGAAAGGGAGGAGGAGGAGCAGCAGGGCCGAGCGCAGAGAGAGUCGCGCAUUGCCAUAGCACGAGGUCGGAUCCCGGCGAUCCUGCUGUUCUCGGGGGUCCCAGAGACUGCCCAUCCCUGCUCGGACACUCAUCUGUCCUCUCCGGGUCAUCAUGGCUUCUCCGGAUGACCCUCUGCGUUCAGAUCACAUGGCAAAGGAGCCUGUGGAGGACACAGACCCCAGCACUUUAUCCUUUGCCAUGUCAGACAAGUAUCCCAUUCAAGACACCGGCCUCCCUAAAGCUAAGGAGUGUGAUACAGUCACUUCCAACUGUCCACCAAAUUCUGAUGAUCAGCAUCAGGGAGAAGAAAACAACUUUCCAGAUAGCACCGGAGAUCCCCUCUCAGGUGUCAGCAGAAACCAGCCAUGUAAGGAAGGCUGUUCUUGCUCUUCCUGUUCCCCCCGGGCCCCCACCAUCAGCGACUUGCUCAACGAUCAGGACUUGCUAGAUGUGAUCAGGAUAAAGCUGGAUCCAUGUCACCCGACCGUGAAAAACUGGAGGAAUUUUGCCAGCAAAUGGGGCAUGCCCUAUGAUGAACUGUGCUUCCUGGAACAGAGGCCCCAGAGCCCCACGCUGGAGUUCUUAUUCCGAAACAGCCAGAGGACUGUGGGCCAACUGAUGGAGCUCUGUCGACUUUACCACAGGGCUGACGUGGAGAAGAUCCUGCGCAGGUGGGUGGAUGAGGAGUGGCCCCACCGGGGACACGCGGACAGUUCCAUGCACUUCUAGAAUCCCCUCCUCUGGCAUCGGCCUUAUGGCUUGCUGGACCAGCAUGGCUCACGGGGAGAAUGUACCUGCUCUUAACUUAAGGUUUUUAGAUGAGGAUAUGACAUGGGCAGUGUUUGUCCCUGAAGCUGAUGACUUGUGGAAGGACGGGUUGUUUCAGUGGCAGAUAUUUGUUUCCUUUUGCACAUUUGUUUUAAUUUAAUAUUUGAACCUGGAAUCGGGGAAGAAUAUUUUGUAGGCCAUAUAGAGCCAGAGCCUGUGGCUGGGACAGAGUUAUGCCAACAUGGAAAGAAAAUGACACUCUCCUUAAAUACUGCCAAGAUUGCAGCAGGAUCCCAAACUAGCCAUGUCUCUGGACAUGUCUGAGUCAUCCCAUACAGAAUCUUUUCAUUCCCAGCCUAGCAGAAGAUGGCAUGGAGAAGUCACCCUGGCCUGUUCACUGUUACUGUUGUAAAAGGCUUAGGAGAUCAAGAGAAUACUGUAUAAUGUGGCCCAGAUACAUGGGCUUUUUUUAAAAAAUCAAAUACUUUUGUAAUCUAUAGGCUAUCAAUACUGUCAUUGAAUUUAGCAUUUUUUAAAAAAUACAAAGUGUAUGGUUUGUUGGAGAA